AAAACGCAGAGUUCACAUACGGCAUGGACGUCGCCUGGACGGCCCUGGCGGACUGCCGCAACACCGCCAUCAACCAGACGUGGCGGGUCCCAUCGACCUUUGUCGACCAGCAAGGCGGUGGCGGCGGCGAUGGUCGCGGAGGCAACGUCUUCAGCCUCGUGGUCGUCAACAUGACGAGCCCAGACGCGCCACAGACGACGACCGGCGCCGCGUUCACCAUUAACCCUGCCAGCACGGCACCAGUCUUGACUUCAUCAUCUUCAUCAUCAACACCACAACAGACGUCGACUGGGAGUUCAAAUGGACCAACAUUAGCAGCAGAGAACCCAAGCCCAUCAUCGACCGCACUCUCAACCUCUCAAUCGACAUCGCCAUCAUCAGCCGACCAGCAGGGCCUGACCUCAGGCGUAAAAGCAGGGAUUGCGAUGGGCGCACUCGCCGGGGCUACCGUGCUGCUAUUUGGUCUGGUCUUCCUCUGGCGACGACGACAACGACGACACCGGCAUCACCAGAAACAUGCAAAUGACCUCGAACGCGAUGGCCCUCCGCCAGUCGAAGUCGAGGCCGUGAUGCCGACCGAGCUGGACGCACACAGCGGCACAUGCCACCGCAGCCUAGAUCUCAGUCCCGCCACCUCCUCCACCUCGAGUUGUUGUGGAGCGGGCUCGGAGCAGAAGCUGGCGAUCCUGGAGGUAUUGCACGACCAGUACCGCCACCACCAGCAUCAGUAUCAGCAUCAAGGACAACAAGAAGGCCAACAUGAUCACCAUGAUCAUCACCGCAGGGAGGAGCAGUCGUCGAUGAGUAGCAACACAGGGCUGGGCAUCAGCCUCAACACAGACCCAGCAUUCUCCCAGGACCAACAUACCCAUCAUCCACACCCCGCGGCGCCGCCGCCGCUGCAGAAUGGGCCGUUGACAUCCAAUGAAACCAGCGACGGCGGCAGCAGCAUACGACCGCGCUAUCCCUCCGGCCCGGUCGAAUUGCCGGGCCACAUCCCGCACCAGGAGAUGCCCGCUCCCGGCAUUUACGGUAGUGACACCACCCCCGAAGAGGGCGACAGCGAUAAUGACAUCACGGGCUCGCAGUGGCGGCGGAAUACGGGACGGUACAGAGAGACGGAUGGAUAGGACCACGUACUGCCCUGCCCGGAUCAGCUUGGCUCGUCUCGGCUCAGACCAACUCAGCUGUGUGGUAAUGAGUGACACAGACAGAGAGCACGGCGCACCGAGAAAAGGGGGGGUAUCUUGCAAGCAAGCAUCGGGGGAUCAAUGACAACGGUCUAAGUACAGAAAGAAACAAGACCUCUCUUAUACUCGUCUCGGACCUCUCUGUAUAUAUGCCCACACAGGAAACACACAUCUACAAGAUAGCACACGCGCAUGAGAAAACAAGAUAAUGCCCACUCACUACCUCUGUGCCCGGCAUGACGACCACUUAGGCGUCCUGAGAUCCAAAGCGAUUCCCACGUUUCACAAGGGCUGGCUUACACUUGAUCAAGACAAGAAGAAUUGGCCAGAUCGCCCU